GAUUUGUGAGCAAUUGUCGUCACUGUUUUUAGUGUUUACCGUUACAAAACUCUUGCAUUGAACCCGAAGCCAAACACUCACACCCACAUACGGUUCAGUGUCCGGUAACCGACCAUCCGAAAAUGCAGUCUCAGGCAUUAAGCUCAUCUCUUUGCUCCUUCCCUUCGUUUCGCUGCCACUCUCCGGUACCGGUCAUCGGCGGACUCACCACUAGAAGAACCUCAACCUCGCUCACUUUGAAAUGCUGCUCUCUUCCGACUCCGAGUACCUCACUGGUUGAUGAUUCAAAGAAAUUCCGAGAAGCGGCGAAGAAAGGGAAUUUGGUCCCACUUUACCAGUGCAUAUUCUCAGACCAGCUCACUCCGAUACUUGCAUACAGGUGUCUCGUUAAGGAAGAUGAUAGAGAAGCUCCAAGCUUUCUAUGUGAAUCAGUGGAACCCAGUUUUCAGGACUCAGCUGUUGGACGUUUUAGUGUGGUUGGAGCUCAGCCAACAAUGGAGAUUGUGGCAAAAGAAAAUAAGGUUACCAUAAUGGAUCAUGAAGAAGGGCGUUUAACUGAGGAGAUUGUGGAUGACCCAAUGGUUAUCCCUGCAAGAAUUUCAGAUGGUUGGAAUCCCCAACUCAUUGAUGAACUUCCAGAUGCAUUUUGUGGUGGUUGGGUAGGUUAUUUUUCAUAUGAUACAGUUCGGUAUGUGGAAAAGCGAAAAAUUCCAUUUUCAAAGGCUCCCAAGGAUGAUGGAAACCUCCCUGAUAUUCAUGUAGGCCUUUACGAUGACGUGAUUGUCUUUGAUCAUGUGGAGAAGAAAGUAUAUGUUAUUCAUUGGGUAUGGCUUGACCGCUACUCUUCCGUUGAAAUGGCUUACGAGGAUGGUAUGAAACGCUUGCAAUCAUUACUUGCUAGAGUACAAACUACUGAACCCCCAAGGCUGAGUGCAGGUUCUGUGGAUUUAUAUACUCGUGGUUUUGGUCCUUCUCUGAAGACUUCAAAUAUGACAAGUGAAGAGUACAAGCAAGCAGUAAUGGAUGCAAAGGAGCAUAUUCUAGCAGGGGAUAUUUUUCAAAUUGUAUUAUCUCAGUGUUUUGAAAGACGAACAUUUGCUGACCCAUUUGAGGUUUAUAGAGCAUUGAGAAUAGUAAAUCCAAGUCCAUAUAUGGCUUACAUACAGGGUAGAGGUUGUAUACUUGUUGCAUCAAGUCCGGAAAUUCUUACUCGUGUAAAGAAGGGAAAGGUAGUUAAUCGACCUCUGGCAGGAACUGCUAAAAGAGGGAAGACAACUGAAGAAGAUGAAAUUUUGGCGAAGCAGCUACUUGAUAAUGAAAAGCAAUGUGCAGAACACGUCAUGCUGGUUGAUUUGGGUCGAAAUGAUGUUGGAAAGGUCUCAAAGAAUGGUUCGGUGAAGGUUGAAAAGUUGAUGGAGAUUGAACGAUAUUCCCAUGUAAUGCAUAUAAGCUCCACGGUAACUGGUGAUUUGCGUGAUUCUCUCACUUGCUGGGAUGUCCUGCGUGCUGCUUUGCCUGUUGGAACUGUCAGUGGAGCGCCAAAGGUAAAGGCAAUGGAACUAAUUGAUAAAUUGGAGGUGGCGAAGCGCGGGCCCUACAGCGGUGGAUUUGGAGGUGUGUCUUUCAGUGGUGAUAUGGACAUAGCGCUGGCUCUCCGGACCAUUGUGUUUCCCACAGGAACCCGUUUUGACACCAUGUACUCGUACAAGGAUGCUGGUAAGCGCCGUGAAUGGGUAGCUUACCUUCAGGCUGGUGCUGGUGUAGUGGCUGAUAGUGACCCAGAUGAUGAGCACCGUGAGUGUCAGAACAAAGCUGCUGGUCUUGCUCGUGCCAUCGACUUGGCCGAAUCAGCAUUUGUUGAUAAAUAAUGUGAUGAUCUUCAGCAACCAAAGUCAGACGUAAACAGCGCUCCCUUGUUCUUCCUGUUGUAAAGGGUGUCGACAAAAGAAAGAAGAAUACCAACCAAGUAUCCGAGCUAGUUCUUUGUCUUAGUUAAAAAUAAAAAAAUAAAACGAAAAACUGUUCUUUUUUUCCUUACAAAAAAGUAUAAGCUCUCUCAUACAGUGAGUGACCAAGCUACAG